AAUAUGUGCAGAACUGCCAUCAGUGAACAGGGGGUGCUACAGGACUAUAGAACCCCUCUAACCAAUCAGCAACCAGAUCUGGAUGAGCCCGGCUAUCCACUGGCAGACUCCUUUUUUCCGCUGUCGUCUCCCGACGGUCGUCGUCUCUCCAUCUCUCCACCUCUCUCUCCCUUCCCCGUUUCCAUCACCGUUCCUGGGAUGUAAAUUAGCUGCAGCGGGGGCUGUAUGUUGGAGCAUUGGUAGAGAACCAGGGAUAGAGCGAUUUAGAGGCUGGCCAAGCCAGGGAGGGAGGCACUGUGCCUGGGCACGGGGCUAGAGGACGGCUGGGAGGAAAGGGCUCUCUGGAUGUAUACCUGUGGAGGACGGCGCACCUCUUUUACCAACUGGGCCAGCUGCAGAUAAGGAGGCGUGGUGGAUAAGGACCUUCGGCACUACCUCAACCUGCGCUUCUCCAAGGGCUCCUUGGACCACGACCACCAGCAGAUUAUUAGAGACAACCUCUACCUCCGCACCGUGCCCUGUACCACCCGGCAGCCGAAGGAGGGAGAGGUGCCGGGGGUGGACUAUAACUUUGUGAGCACAGAGCGCUUUAUGGAACUGGAGCAAAGUGGAGCCCUGCUAGAGAGUGGAACCUAUGAAGAGAACUUAUACGGUACUCCCAAGCCCCCAGCCGAGCCCAGUCCGGCGGCCCCUCCACUGAAUGUGAGUGAGGUGCUGCUUCCCGGAGCCCGGCCCAGCAUCCAGGGCAAGAGGAAGAGGAACCAGUCGGUCAGAAACAUGCAGCAGCAAGCCAGCCUGGAGCCACCCGAGGAAGAGGAGGAAAGCAGCCCCCCCGUGGUCAAUGGGAACGGGGUGGCUAUCACACCAGAGACAAGCGAGCAUGAUGACAAGAGCACAGAUGGGUCGGGGGAGGUUUCUGUGGUGGAGGCCCCGACACUGCCCUCUCCUGCCACUGAGCCCCCCACAGAGGGAGAGGAGCCCCCUGAGGGGGACUCCCCCAAAUCACCCCCCAAACUCCCCGAGGGGGAUGAGGAGGAACUGGGACCCCUGCCUGACAACUGGGAGAUGGCCUACACAGAGAAAGGAGAGGUCUACUUCAUAGAUCACAACACCAAAACCACAUCAUGGCUGGAUCCUCGGCUGGCAAAGAAGGCCAAACCACCUGAGGAGUGCAAAGAGGACGAGCUGCCAUAUGGCUGGGAGAAGAUUGAUGACCCCAUCUAUGGCAGUUACUACGUAGAUCCUAUUCCCUGCAGCCACAUCAACAGAAGGACCCAGUUUGAGAACCCCGUCCUGGAGGCCAAGAGACGACUGGAGCAGCAGCAGCAGAUGCAGAGCCAGGGACUGUCAGCUCUGCCCUUACCGACUAUUUACAGAGAGAAGCCCCCGUUCACACGGGACCCCACACAGCUGAAGGGCUCCUUCUUGUCAACGGCUCUCCAGAAGAGCAGCAUGGGAUUUGGCUUCACCAUCAUUGGAGGGGACGAGCCGGAUGAGUUCCUGCAGGUCAAGAGUGUCAUACCUGAGGGCCCAGCCGCACAGGAUGGGAAGAUGGACACAGGUGACGUCAUAGUCUACAUCAAUGACAUCUGUUGCCUGGGCACAACGCACGCCGACGUGGUCAAACUCUUCCAGUCCGUGCCCAUCGGCCAGAGCGUCACCCUGGUCCUCUGCCGGGGAUACCUCCUACCAUUUGACCCUGAGGACUCUAUUGGGGCGUCCACCAGCACCUCCCUGACCCCCAUGGGCAUGGAACACCGACCCCUGGUGGUGAAUGGGCGCAGUAGCUAUGACCCUUACCUGGAGUAUCUCUCCCUGAGCUCCCAGCUCCCUCCCCAGGCUCUAACACAGCCCGGGGCACCCCACCUUGAUGGGUCCUCACUACCUCCCACCACCGUCCGGUCUGCACAGGCCAUGACACCGCACGACGACAACAUCUCCAUGGCAUCGUCGGGGGCGACAGGGAUUGCCGGGGGCGUGAUCCAGGGGGCAGAGCUGCUGACCGUAACCAUUGUGAAGGGGGCAGAGGGGUUCGGAUUCACCAUCGCCGACAGCUCCACUGGGCAGUGUGUCAAACAGGUGUUGGAGCCGGGUGUACAGGGCGGAGUGGGUCUGAGUGAAGGAGACCUAAUCCUGGAGGUGAACCAGCAGAGUGUUGUGGGGGCAGGACAUGGACGUGUGGUGGAGCUGCUCAAAGAGUGUUCUGUAGGAGCCGAGGCCACGCUACUCAUACAGAGAGGAGGGGCAGGUCACCUCUCUCCAUGGAAGACCUCCAAACAGCUACCAGAGCAGUGGGACCCCCAUGGUAGUCCCCAGACCAGUCUGUCAGCCCAAGUGCUUCCCACAGGCACACCCUUCCCUACCCAGCCACAGCACAGCACCUCGGUCCCCGACUCUACAGAGGGCUUCGACCUCAACAAGCCCGACCCAUACGACCUCUAUGAGAAGUCUAGGGCCAUCUAUGAGAGUAGGCGUCCAGAGUACCAGGAUGUGGAGGUGCACCUGUUGAGGGAGAAGACUGGGUUUGGCUUCCGUAUCCUGGGGGGAGACGAGGCCGUGCAGGCUAUUGUGAUCGGGGCGAUCAUAGAGAACACUCCUGCAGAACGCGACGGACGACUUCGACCUGGGGACGAGCUCAUCUCUGUGGAUAAGAUGGUGGUUGCUGGGAAACCACACAGAUACGUGAUCGACCUGAUGCACGCCGCCGCUCGCAAUGGCCAGGUCAGCCUGGCGGUCCGGAGGAGAGUCCACUUCCCCAGUGAGGUGUUAGGGGUGAAUGGCCGUAGCCCUGGCUCCGUGUCCACGCAGCACAGCUCCCCACACAGCGACGACGCCUCAGCUUCCUGUCCCGUCACCCCUGACAACGUCCCGCCGCCCUCCGUCACCUCCCCCCUGGAGGGUGCCGUCCCCCUGCAAACCAAUGAUGUCAUCAUCCACCGCAAGGAGAACGAAGGCUUUGGCUUCGUUAUCAUCAGCUCGUUGAACCGACCGGAGAAUGCUGCCAUCAUCACUGUGCCCCAUAAGAUCGGUCGUAUCAUCGAGAGCAGCCCGGCAGACCGCUGCGGGAGCCUGAAGAUUGGUGACCGGAUCCUGGCUGUCAAUGGGCAGUCCAUCAUCAGCAUGCCCCACGCUGACAUUGUCAAGCUCAUCAAAGAUGCCGGUCUCACUGUCACCCUUCACAUCAUACCAGAGGAAGAUCCCAACUCAGGGCACAGCUCAGAGAAGCAGAGCCCCAUGACCCAGAAACACAGCCCCCAGGCACAGCCCAGCCCUGUAGCCACCCAGCCCAGCCAAGGAGCCUCCCAGGCAGGCCCAGCACCACCAACAGCCCAGCCAAGCCAAGUACUAGCAGUAGACACCCAGCCGGCCCCAGGAGCAGCCGCCCAGCCCAACCCGCCAGGGGCCCAGCAGAGCCCAGGCGCCCAGCCACCCAGUCACCCUCCCCCAAUCUACCUCCACGAUGGAAGAUCAGAGGUGAAAGCCAGGCAGGAUGUGAAACCAGACAUCUGCCAGCCUCCGUUCACCGACUACCGGCAGCCCCCCGUCGACUACCGGCACCCUCCAGUGACUGAUUACCGGCAGCCACCCACACUGGACUACCGGCACCCUCCUCCCCUCAUCGACUACAGACAGCACUCGACAUCACUCGCUGCACAGUUACCUCUAGCACAGUUUCCCCCAGACUUCCGACCACAGGACUUUGACUACUUCACGGUAGAGCUGGAGAAGAGUGUGAAGGGUUUUGGCUUCAGUAUCCGUGGGGGGCGGGAGUACAAGAUGGAUCUGUUUGUGCUGCGGCUCGCCGAGGAUGGGCCGGCCAUCCGCAAUGGCAGAAUGAGGGUGGGGGAUCAAAUCAUUGAGAUAAAUGGGGAUAGUACCCGAGACAUGACUCACGCCCGGGCCAUCGAGCUGAUCAAGGCAGGGGGGAGGUGGGUGAGACUGCUGCUGAAGAGAGGCACAGGACAGGUGCCUGAGUAUGGCUUUUACUCCCCUUCCCUUAGGAAUGGUACCUUCCAACCUCUCCAUGUGCAUGAAAAGUGACACGCUAAGUUCCCCAUAUUUCUUCCUAAUGGGCCACUCUAAAGACACGUAGACAGUGCCCCCCCCUGGGAGGCCAUUCCUCCAGCCCUCUCUGCCCUGCAGGAAGUGACCCAUGACCCCCAGCAGCCAUCCACCUCAUCUUUCUCAUCCCAUCCAGCCUUCACCCCAAACUCCCCCCACCAGCUCCUUCUAGAGGCCACACCGCGUAUGGCAGCCCAUUCUCCAGACCCCAGCGCCACGAAAGGGGCUAUAGGUGGCAGGUGUACCCAGCCCAGGGGCACCGUCCGUGGGCAAAGAACCCUGCAGUGGCCUGAGGAGUUGGAGGAGGGGCCCCGAGAGCCCCAACCUCCGCCGCGGCCCCCCAAAGCUAGAUGGAGGUCUGCGGAGAGGAGAGAGAGCAGCAGCACCCACCCAUGCAGGAUCCAAACACCGCCGCAUGGCCCUGGGACUCUUCCUACCUGAGUGUGAGUCUGAAGGAGGCAGUUGGGUCCGUGGGGAGGGACGUGUGAACCUACAGGAGGGGUUUGAGCUGAGAGGUCUCCAGCCAAGGGAUGAGGAAGGGGCUCUGCCGCCUCCCCUCAAACCAUGGAUGGCCCUGCAGGCAGGAGUGCAGCCGCCUUCCUAGGGUCCUGGAACCCAACUGGGGGUGACAGACUGCCCGGCACCCUGAGGUCCUGGACCUACACUGUCAGCAGGGAAAACGGAUCCGGAUCAGACUGGUUUACAUUGGAUCCGACUGGAUUCUGACUGGGUUGGACUGGCUAGCUGUACAUAGGCACCCAAGUCCUACGUACCACUCACACCAUCAGAUGCCAGAGGGAUCUUUUAUUCUCUCCCUCUAUCACUCUUUGAAAUCAAAACGUUUUUUUUCUUCUUGUUGUUCCCUCUUUCAAGAUGAUUAUAACCAUCACCUUCAAAACCAAAGGACAUUUUACAGCUGGCGUGUGUAAAGAAAAAGAGGACUCGCUCAACUCAACACUUUAGUCCAGGUAGCCAUUUUGAAACCUGAUGAUACAAAUCCCAUUGCUAUCCCACUAGGCUCUUUGGGUCUGGGCAAGGUGAGCUAUCGACAUGUUCCUAGUUUCACCAGUCAACCCCAUCAGACCUAAAAUGGAUGGUCAGUUUCAACCACUGAUGGGAUGACACUUAUCUAAAGAGAGAUUGGAAUAUUGAGGUCGUUUGCCUAUCGUUUAACUUUCUGUGCAAUGGAGAGAAUGAUGAGAUUAUAGAACUGAGGGAGAUGGAGGGAGGGAUGUUAAUUUAAAAUCCUUCUGAAAGGUGAACCUUUUUGGACAGAGCUCUGUCGACAGACAUCAUACAUGCCUGUUGAUAUAUCGUACAUACUGUAAAUGUACAAAUGUGAAAAAUAUGUACAUUUGGUCAUCUCCCAAAAAUAUGCCUAGUGUAUUUUUUAUGCAUUGUUGUAGGUACAUUUUAGAAGAACAUAAAAAAACAGAUAUCGGGACCAUAUUUUAAGAUUCAUAUUUCCAUGGCCUUUUAUUAUAUACUACAUAUUAAAGACUCUGUUGGAGUCAGCUGACAAGGGACUAGAGUGAUGCAGGUCACAUACCCCUGUUCAAACGUUACGUGCAUAAACCAAUGGUUGCGUGCCACGUCCAUCGACUGUGUCAUUGACUGACAGAUUGCUGUAGCAUAUGAUGCAGUUAGCUGAUACGUAAAAUACCAAUCCAGGCAUUGUAAAAUCUGAUGUCAGCAAUGCCUGGGCAGAGGAAUCGGCCCUCAGUGUUCUUGUGCAUGAUCCACCAUCAUCAAACAGAGACUCAAAAUUCUUCUAGAAGUAGAAUAUAGAGCUGACAUCCUCACUGGGUAUAGGUAACUGCCUAAAUAAAGGAAACACCAACAUAACGUGUCUUAAUAGGGCAUUGGGCCACGACGAGCCAGAACAGCUUCAAUGCACAUUGUCAUAGAUUCCACCAGAAAUUCCAUAAUUUGGUGUUUUGUUGAUGUUGGUGGAAAAUGCUCUCAGGCAUCACUCUGGAAUCUCCCACAAGUGUUCAAUUGGGUUGACAUCUGGUGACUAAGACGGCCAUGACAUAUGGUUUACAUCAUUAUCAUGAUCAUCAAACCAUUCAGUGACCACUCGUGCCCUGAUGAUGGGCCAAAUGGCCAAAAUACUGGCCUGCCCAACAUUUUUAUACAUGACAAUUAGCAUAAUGGGAUGUUAACUGCUUAAUUAACUCAGGAACCACACCUGUGUGGAAGCACCUGUUUUCUAUAUACUUUGUAUCCCUCAUUUACUCAAGUGUUUUCAUUAUUUCGCAGUUACCUGUAGCUAACAGUUGUGUAUUUGCGUAAUUUACUAUAAAUUGUUCAUUACCGAGUCAAAUGGAACGUUCAAGGUGUUUAAAUCCAAUUGUUUAGGAACUCUGAGUCAUAAUACACAACGUUUAUCAAUCAUGCAAUCAGUCAUGUUCAUAGAUAUAAACAAUCUUGAUUCUAUUUCUAUGGUCAUGUUUAGAUGGGCUAUGUAUCAGCAGCACUUGAAACAGAGAACUCUAGCUGCCCAUUCUAUAUUUCCCAUGUCUAUGCCUUUUACUGUGCUACAUGAACCACACCACUGUGGGAGGGGAGGCAUAUGAGUCAUUGAGGAGCAGAAGGAUACAUGGGAUAUGAGGUGGGGCGGAGUGCCUUAGUGAAAGUAGAGCAGAGCUGUUAACCUGGCAAUUGCUAGCGGGGUUUUUUACAUGAGUGAGCAGAAUGCAAAACUGGUUUGAGAGAUUACAGUAUACAUAUCAGACAGCACGCCAUACAGUAAGUGGCUAGUGCGAAGGUGUAAGCCAACUGAUGCUUUUUGGCUAACAGGGCCAGAUUACAUUUUGAAACAUCCCAAAUUCACAAUGCCACAAAAUAAUUAUGAAAAGUCUGACUUCUAUAGCCUACUAGCUUUGUCAUCAUCUCAUGGGUGCCUAAAUACAUUUUUUGAGUAAAGUGGACUUUGGGCUUUCCUAUGGGGAUGAUGUAUAGCUUGUAGCAGAGGCUAGCCGUAGACAUGUAGAGCCCUCCAUGUUUGCACCAAACAUUAGGACUCAUACCGUAUUUCUCUCAAUGCAGAUUCAUUAGACUGAGUGCAGUGUUCCAGUCCAGAUGAUAAACAUGUAAUUUCUAUGGUAUUUAAAAAAAACUGAAACUGGUCAUGUUCCAGGCCACCCAAUGCAUUGCAUCCACCAAUGGUUGUGUGCCACAUUAUAGACUGUGCAGUCGGGCAUCAGACUGCUUUAUCAUAGUAUGUCAUUGUGAGAUCUGGCAUGUGUCUCCAAUGUAGUCAGCGAGUAAUGCGGACGAUAUCACUGAGCCUUCUGUGUAUCACUUGAGGCUGUCCCCUGCCUGCCUGUUGUGAGUGAUUUUGUAUACAGAAAAAAAAGUUGACUAAUGAUAAAUCUGAAGGAUGACAUGUUCAUGCAUCUACCAUUAAGCUCAGUAUACAUGUGUCGUCUUAACCAUGUAUAAUCCACCCUGUAUAGCUGUAUUCUUACAAAAUAUGGUUUACUGCACCAUUGAUACUGUAGUUUCAAAGACUGAAGUGAACAACUAUUUUUAUGAAAAUGUGGCAGUACUGAUAACAUUUUGGGAAAAAAAAGGAAAAAAAUUGUUUACCUAAAGAUAUUCUGAAAUACUGUAAAAUAAACUUGACAUGGUGUAAAGUACA